AUGGUGUCCGCUGCCUGGUUACGAUACCCUUCACUACUUACACUUGGCAUCCUUGUUUCUCGGGUCGCUGCACAAUAUGAAGGUGAUGUCCUUCGCUAUGUCGACCAACUAGUUGGUACAGCAAAUGGUGGACAUGCCUUCCCUGGAGCCAGUCUGCCAUACGGCAUGGCUAAGGCCGUGGCUGAUGUUGACGGCAGCGAAAACUAUGGUGGGUUUACUACAGAAGGAAGCAACGUCACUGGUUUCUCGCAUAUGCACGACUCUGGAACUGGCGGCAAACCAUCAAUGGGGAACUUUCCUCUCGUACCGCAAAUAUGUCAGGAUGAUGAUAUAAACAAAUGCAAGUUCUCGAAGGAGGAUAGAGCGGUCCAUUAUAUUGCCGAUAGUGUGAAAGCGAGGCCUGGGUAUUUUGCUAUCAAACUUAAUAAUGGUAUCGCUGCAGAAAUGACAGUCACAGAACAUGCUGCCCUAUACCACUUUGAUUUCCCCCAUAAUAAUGCCGAAUCAAAUGGAAAGUUACCAGUGAUCCUUGUAGACCUGACCGACAUACAAGACUCAAGACAGAACGCGGCCAUUUCGUUAGACGAGGAUACCCUUCGAGUCAAAGCAAAUGGGACUUUCCUGCCUAGCUUUGGAAUUGGAACCUACAAAUCUUUUGUGUGCGUUGACUUUUCUGGAGCAGAAGCAAAAGAUACCGGAAUAUACAUCAGCAACCGGGCAGGAACACAACCCAAAGCUAUAUCUGUGGGGCGAGGAUUUAAUUUGUUCUAUAUCAAAGCUGGAACGUAUCUCCAAUUUCAAGCAUCGAGUAACGGACCAACCCGAGUCAGUGCCCGCGUGGGCCUAAGCUUCAUCAACGAGGACCAAGCCUGUAAGAACGCCGAGAAGGAAAUUCCGGGGUCCAAUUGGGACUUUGAAAAAGUCCGCACAGAUGCUGAGAGCGCAUGGAAAGAAAAGCUUGGCCUUAUUUCGUUGAAAUCUGGAGGUGUCAGCGAUAUCUUUCAACGGACGUUUUGGAGUGCAAUAUAUCGUUCUAUGAUCUCACCUCAGGAUUACACUGGGGAGAACCCACUCUGGCAAAGCAAAGAGCCAUACUUUGAUUCCUUCUAUUGCCUUCUUGAUACUUACAAGCACCAAGGGUGGCUACCAGACUGUCACAUGAGUUUAUGCAAAGGCUUUACCCAGAGUGGAUCCAAUGCUGAUGUUGUGAUAGCUGAUGCGUAUGUGAAAAGCAUCAGUGACAACAUCGACUGGGACCUUGCAUACGAGGCUGUUGUCAAAGAUGCUGAAGUUGAACCACCGGAUUGGUCUGUUGAAGGGAGAGGAGGACUCAUGAGCUGGAAGUCCGUUGGUUAUAUUCCCGCCCAAGACUAUGACUAUCUAGGAACCGGAAUCACAACACGCAGCAUCUCACGAACAGUCGAAUAUUCAUAUAAUGAUUACUGUGUUGGAGUGUUAGGAAAGGGGUUAGGCAAAGAACACGAGAAAUAUUUCCAGAGAUCUGGGAAUUGGCAAAACUUAUUCAAGGCAGACCAGACCUCAUUUAUAGAUGGGAAGGAUACAGGAUUCGUUGGGUUCUUUCAGCCGAGAUACUACAAUGGCACAUGGGGUUAUCAAGACCCAAUACUCUGCAGUAAUAUUGCCGCCUUUUGUUCCCUCACUUCGAACUCACAGGAGACUUACGAGUCAGGCAUAUGGGAGAAUCAAUUUUUCGUUCCCCACGACAUGUCUACAUUAAUCAACCUACUUGGUGGCCGCUCCAAGUUUGUUGCUCGUCUAGACUAUCUCCACGAUUCAAACAUACUAUAUAUCGGUAACGAACCGUCCUUCCUAGCUACAUUCUUAUACCACUAUGCUGGCCGUCCUGCCCUAUCCGCCAAACGCGCACAUACCUACAUUCCUUCUCGGUUCAAUGACACGACCACUGGGGUACCUGGAAACGAUGAUUCCGGGGCGAUGGGCAGUUUCACUGUCUUUGCGAUGAUGGGUUUGUUUCCUAAUCCAGGACAAAAUGUAUAUUUUAUCAUGCCUCCUUUUUUUGAAGCCGUCAGCAUAAAACACCCGGUAACAGGGAAGACUGCAACGGUACGAAAUGUCAAUUUUGACAGCAAGUAUGAAAAUGUAUACAUUCAACGAGCAACGUUAAAUGGAAAGGAGUACACUCGGAACUGGAUUGGACAUGAAUUCUUCCUGAACGGAGGGACUCUUGAGCUUACGCUCGGAAAGGAAGAGAGCUCUUGGGGAACCGGACAGAACGAUGUUCCACCUAGCCUUGGAGCGGGCAUCAAGAGAGACGGACUCCGGUUUACGUAG